CUUAAAAAAAAAGAAAAGAAAAGAAAAGAAAAUCUAAAUCAAUCUACACAAGUAUUGAGUUACUUGCAAACAGAAAAACUAAGCAAAGGGCUUAGAAAGGUACUCCACACAAACAAAAAACAAAUAUACAACCACAUUUAUAACUAAAUAAGCAUAUUUAAACAAAAGGAGACAUAAUUUUUCUCUUACCAGACCAGUAAGUUUCAAAAUUUUAUCAUCUAUAAUACAAGAAACAGCUGAUUAAAGCCACCCUUACAAUCUGUUGAUAAGAAUUCUGGCAACUUCUUAGGAGGCCAAUCUGGCAACAUUUUUUUAAAUGUUAGAUACAAAUAUUCUUUGACCUAGCAAAUCCACAUGCAGGAAUUUAUCUAAAAGAUAUACUCAUUGAUUUGGGAAAGAAGCAGGGAGAGAAGGAGCUAUGAUCAAAGAUAUACAUUAAGAUGAAAAUGAAAUUAAGAAAACAAUUCUGUUUAUAAUCAUAUUGAAAAGAAUACUAAUACAUUUAAUAAAAGUACAAGACUUAUAUAUUGAAAACUACAAAACAUCAUUAAGAAAUUAAAGACCUAAGUAAAUAAAGAGACAUUCUAUGUUCAUGGACUGGAAAGCUUAAUUUUGUUAAGAGGACAACACUUCCUAAAUUGAUAUACAGAUUCAACAAAAGCCCUAUCAAAAUCCUAAUUAGCUUUUUGUGAAUGUUGACAAGCUUAUCCUAAAAUUGUUUUGAAAAUGCAAGAGACUCAAAAUAGCCAAAGAGAUUCAUUAAAGAAUUGUUUGUAAUAGAAAGACUACAAAACAAUCUAUGUGUGUUUCCUUAGGAAACAUAGCCAAUGAAUUAGAGCACAUCUAUAUUACAAAAUACGGUUAUAUGGAUCUAUUAUCAACCAAAAGAAGGAGCUAGAAUAUAUAUGCUGACUGUAAACAUUGCUAUAGAUGUAUUAUUUUUUAAUUAUUCAAUAAGUAUUUGUUGGAUACCAACAAUGUGAGACAUUAUGUGUUAAGUGUAAAACUCAAGGUAGGGAAAUACAUGUAACAUGCUCCCAUUCAUGUGGUUUUUUAAAAUGAGGACAUCUUCAUACAUAUGUUGACAUAUACACAAAAACUGUCAGAAGUAUCCACAAGAAACUAUUCAUAGUAAUAACUAUAAUAAUAAUAACCUUAUUACACUGUCACUGCAUAUCCUUUUAUAUUGCUUGAAUGUUCAACAUGUUCAUAAAUUUUUUUCUCUAACAAUAGCUAACAUAAAAUUGAAUCAUAUAGGCAAGCACACAAUACAAGAAGUGCGUAGAGGAAAACAGAGCAAGAAAAAAAUGGCAUAGAAUCAAUUUCAUGAUAAGGACAUAUACCUUACUUGAAGCAUAACUACUCUAUAUUAAACACUAAAGUGUGAGCUAUAUUUACAAAAAUAAUGAAACAUUUCCCAUCUAUUUUCUUGGAGCUUCUAAGUAUCUGUUGGUUCAGGUUGAAUCAAUAUUUUUUAGAUCAAAUUUACUCCAACUUGAAUUCACAUAAGAGUUUUGCAGACUGGGCCUUAACUGCCAUAUUAAAAUGUCAACAUGGUAAACACUGGACAACCAUAUUUUUCAAAGGAUGAGUUUGAAAAAUGUACAUCUUUGCAUUCCCAAAACACCUUAUGUACUCCCUGAAUACAGGAAGCCUUCCAUAACUACUUCCCAAUUUAUUUUGUCUGAUUGCUAGAAGGUCAUGCAUGCAUUCUUUCCAACAGCCACACCACUGCCACUUCAGCACAGUGUAUGUGGUCCUUAGCUGGAGGCAUCUGGAAAUACAAGGGAUAGUUAGGUGGGAUGUUCUACUGGAUGUUCCAGUGCAGAAAAGGACAGCCUUGCAGAAUGAAGAACUGUCUCACCCCAAAUGCCAACAGUUGCCCUGCGGACAUUAAAAUAACUGAGUACCACACCGAAGGCUUGCCACAGGCCUUGUUAACUCAUGCUCCAUGACUGUGUAGAUUGCUUAAGCACAUCUGCCUGCUCCUUAACUUACAGCAGGGCACUGAACAGAGGCCACUCAUAUUCUCAGCUUCUGCAGAGCACAGAUCUUGUUGCCACAGCAACCUGAAGGUAAGGCUGAACAAAUAUAAAAGAAACUGCCUAGCUGGACUCCAAGCUCCAAUGGCUGGGCUGAAUUAUGCAGUUGCCAGGAGCAAGACAGAAAUUACAUUUUUGAGGAAUGAUACAUUUUAUAUCAGUGAACAUGAGUCCUUGAAAAUGUUGGUGCUCUAUGCUAUAGGGUGUACAUCUCAUUUUAUUACAGUGCUUAUCUGUCUGCAGUUAGAUGCAGACUGAACAGAUGCUUCCCCAAUACGACAAAAUAAAGAGAGAUGAAAUCACAGAGCUAAGAGGCAAUUUGAAAUUUUCAGCUAGGGUCUUCACUCCUGCCUGCCUCUGAUUUGAGUCAUCUCUUAUUGAUCCCCUAUCGUGUUAACCAAAACUACAAUGACAAUCUUUUUUAAACCAAAAAUUAGAAUCUCUGCUCUUGCAAAGCGUUUGUUUUGAUUUGAGAAUUUGCUUACAUGAAAAAGUAUUAGGGAUAAACAUGACAUUAUGAUGGAUAUAGAGUUUAUUCAUUUAUUCAUUUUAAGCAAGUGUUUAUUGAGCAUAUAUUAAGCCCCAGGCACUGUUCUAGGCAUGGCAGUACAGCAGUAAAAAAAAAAACAGACACAAUAUUCUAUUCUCAGCAAGAUUAUCCUUGGGGGAAUGAGGGAUAAAGAAAUUAAGUUAAAUAUGUAGUGUAUUAAAAGUUGAUAUGUAGUGUGGGGAAAAAAUAAGGCAAAGAAUAGGGGUAGAGCAUUGCUACUUUAAAUAGAUUCAUCAGCAAAGGCCUCAUUGAGAAGGUGACAUUGGAGCAAAGACGUGAAGGAGAAGAAUGAAUCAUAGGGUUUUAGGCAAAAGGGAUUGGGAGCAAAGGCCCUAAGCAGGCGGCAUGCUUAUGGAUGGGGUAACAGUCAGGAAGCCAGUGUGGCUAGUGAAGAAGGAAGGAGGGAGACAGGGGCAGGAGAAGAGGUCAGUGAGGUAAAGCGGACUGGACCAUGCAGGCUGAGUCAGCCACUACCGAGACUUAGGCUUUUACUCUGAGUCAAGUGGGAAACAUCUUCUAAGUUUUGAGAAAGAAUGGACAUGAUCUGCCUUAAGUUUUAAGGGGAUUGUUCUGGCUGCUAUGGAGUGUAGAGAGCAAGGUUGGAAGCAGGGAAAUUAUUAGGACACUUGUAUAACAAGCCAGGCAAGAGACGGUGAUGCUUAGCCCAGGAUGCUAUCACGUGAACUGGUGGGAAGUUAGCAAAUAAAACUACUUGCAAGAGCAAAGGUCCCAAAAAAUGAGGACGUAAUGAGUUACCACUGUACCUAAUAUUGCCUGGUCCAAUUAUUUCUUCUUUUUCUUAACGUUUUAUUAAUACAUAACAUUUUUACCUAUUUAUGGGGUACAUGUGAUAUUUUAUUCCAUGCAUAGAAUGUGUAAUGAUCAAGUCAGGAUAUUUAAGAUAUCCACUAGAUCCAUUAUUUCUUCUUGCCUCAUGCCCAACAACCGGAGCUUGGGCUUUUGUUCUUGAUCUAUUUCAUCACAUUUUUGCCUGUUUCAUUAAAAGCAUAUAAACAGGUCUCCUGUUUACUGAAAAGAACUGAGAGAGACUUUUCUACCUCUCUCAACUUUACCUCAAUAUCCCUGUUACAUCUGCAUUGCCUUUGUGUUCCAGAAAAAUUAAGAUUUAACUGCGAGCCAGAAAAAAGGAAAUGGAGACCCAUCAGACAGAAGUCAUUAAUGUAGGUGGGAGAUACUGAGGGCAAUAGAAAUUAAGAGAAGACAACACAUUCCAUACACAUUUAACAUGUAAAUUAGCCUGAACCCAGAAGCCAAUCAGCCAGACCUGGUAAGUAAGGGGAGAGCUGCGGAGGGUAACUGGGUUCUGGUUUUAAGUGGCUGCAUGUAGAGUGAUGCUGUAACUGAAAUGACUGGGUUGACAUGAGAAGACCAAGUUGGAGCAUUGAGGAUAAUGAGUUCUGCAUUAGAAAUGCUGCACCUGGGAUGCUUCUGGAAUAGUCAGGUAGAGAUACCUAAGCUGCAGUAGGAAAUAUGGUUUUGAAGCAUGAAGAAUAAAUCAGGGCUAAAGGUAAAUGGCAACAUCAUUUCAUCAUUCCAGCAAUUAUGAAAGCCUACAGUUCUAUCACUGCUUUUAUGUUACAAUGCAGUGUGAGGGUUUCCCAGACUGGAAGGGAUAAAAGCGCAGUUGACCUUGUAUUCUAGACUUACUUAUAAUUACCCUGGCACUUCGAUCUCAGAAUGAUUCAUCAACUUAGGAAGAGAAGAGCGCGGGACAGCUGAGAAUGCUGAUCAUUUUCUACCAAGAAUUUUCUGCAAAAACUAAAAGUUGCUAAACAUCAAUGGCAUGCUUUCUACCAUGGGCUGCAAGAAACUCUGGAUAACUUUAAAACUCCUCCUUCUUUUGAUGUCAUUAUCAUGACCUUUGGGAGAUAUCUGAGAUCUAGAUUUUUUUUGUAAUUUUAUAAAGUUCGCUUUGUAGUUUGGGCAGGAAGUUUGUUUGAAAUUUCUUCAAAUGCAUACUUAAGUUACAAGGCCUAGACUCAUCCAUUAACCCCACCCCCACCACCUGCCCUGCCCUGCCCCACCUUGGUGACUUCCUCUCCUCUUCACCUGAUACAUCCCAUCCAUCUAUAAGCCCCAUGCCUUUUACCUCCCCAGUGUCCGUCUCUAUCCACCACCUGAUUUCAAACCCCUAUCUCACAACAUUCACAAACAUUGGGGGCCUACAAUGUGUCAUCUUUUAACUGAUCUCCAGAGGACUGCUAAUGGGAUCAUGUUACUUCUCUCCUUAAGAUCUUCUAACGGCUCCUGGUAGCUGCAGAACGUCCGGAUUCCUUCGCUCCACGCAGCGUAUGUCUUCAUGACCUAGCUCCUGCCCCUCUCUUCUGCCCCAUCUCCCCCGAAAUUUACACUCAGGAAAACAAACUACUCAGGAUUCCCCAAACACGAACUCUUUCCUACCUUCCUGUCUUUACACAAAUUGCUCCCUAUCGUCACCCAACAUUCAUCAUUGAAACCCAGCUGUGAGAGCUCUGGUGCCUUCCCUAACACUCCCAGAGAGAAUUAACAUUCUCUCCUCCACUUCUGUAGCUUAUUUAUCUACAUACCACUUGAGGAGUCCCAGACCCUACUAACAUUUCAAGACUGAUGUCACUUACUACUCUUCUCCCUCCAGCCCCCACUUAAUGUCCUCACUCAAGAGAGUGGCAUUGUCCUUAGCUCAGGGGCCAAAGAUAGAAAUCUGGGCUUCAUCUUACCCUAUACAUUCAAACCAAGCCCAGUUCAUUUUAGUCCCCAAUAGCUCUAAUGCUACCCUUAGUUCAGACCCUCAUCACUGGUGUUUUGAUGUUUGGUCUCCCUACUUCCAGUCUUACCUGAUGAUAUCGUAUUUCUGCUCAUAAUUUUGAUGGCAACAUGUCACCUCAGAGCACAGCCCCAUCUCUCAUCCUCACCACCAACCAAUCACCAAGGCCUCUGAUUUUACCUCCUAAAUAUCACUCGACUUUGAGUGUCUCCAAACCCAGUGCAUGCCCUCACUGAGGCCACCAUUACCCCUCAUCAGAUGAGAGGAUUACUCAGGGUUUAGCCAUUUGUCUCAACUCCCACCCCUCAGGACAAAGUUCUAACUCCUUAAUGCAGCUGACAGGCUGCUCACUAAGCUGUCUCUCACCUCCUGCCUCCCCACUCUCUACUGAUAACCUCUAUGCUGGGACUUCACAUAGACUACUCUCCUGUUUAAAACAUUCUUACAUCUCUCCCUUUGGCUAACUCCUACUCAUCUUUCGGGUCUCAGCUUUGAUAUAUACCAAACAACAACAACACUCUCAUAAAACUGGACAUACCUCCCCUAUGAGCAGGAGAUGCUUCUUCCCCAGUCCUGACAUCUCCCUACUGUGAGAAGCUCAGGUAGUACAACUCCAGGCUUCUUUCUGUCCCCUUAGUCAACCUGCUAAGGAUGUUUGGGUGUUUUUCCCUUGAAACCUCAUGUUGAAAUGUGAUCCCCAAUGUUGGAGGUGGGGUCUAAUGGGAGGUGCCUGGGUUAUGGGGGCAGAUCCAUCAUGAAUGUCAUAGUACCAUCCUCAUCCUGGCAGUGGCAAAUGAGUUUGCACUCUAUUAGUUCUCACUAAAGCAGGUUGUGAAAGAACCUGGCACCUCCCAACACCCUCUCACUUCCAUCUCUGCAAACUCCAGCUCCCCUUCACCUUCUGCCACAAGUAGAAGCAGCCUUAGGCCGUCACCAGAUGCUGAUGCCCAGUCUUGAACUUGUCCAGGCAUCAGAAUCAUGAGCCAAACAAACCCUUUUCUUUAUAAAUUACCCAGCCUCAGGUAUUCGUUUAUAGCAACACAAACUGAGGUACAAUCUGUCCAUGCAGAGACAGUUGAUAUGACUGGUAAAUUUUGACAUGAUCACUGGGUAUGAACAGUCCUCCUUGGUCUUUUUCUUCUUGGGAGCCAGCUGCCUUCAGAGGGUAAUGUUCUGCCCUCCUCCAGAGUUAUGUAAGUCUGCCUACUUGGGGAGAUCCAGCUGAUGGGCCCAGCUUCCUCUCACAAACCACAAUAAAAGUGAUACUUUGGCUUCCAUCUUUACUCAUUUUUCAGACAGGAAAAAAUAGAUGCUGUUUAUUUGGGAUCCCUUCCAAAAGCAAGAACACCCAACCUAACAUGCAGCGCAUCAUACCAUAAUGCCAUUGGACUCUAUGCUUCUUGACGGCAGGAAUCAGCUCUUCUUCUCACCCUCAUAUCCCUAGUAUGGUGCCUAGCAAAUAGUAAAUGCUCAAUUUUCUACAUAAAUAAGAAAAGCCCACCAUGCCCCGUCCCCCAGCAACCUGACUGAUCUCAUCUCCACACGCUUCUCUCUGUUCCCAUACUUCACCAACUCCACAAUACCAAACCACUUGAAUUUUUAUAAAUAAGCCACUCCUUCACUUCUUGAUACAUGCUAUUCCUUAGGUCUAUAUUGCCAUUGGGACCACACAAAUUCCAACUCCUGGUUUAACAGUAGGCUCCUGGGGCCACCUCCUCCAUGAAGCCUUCCUUGCCUCCUCUAGGUAUGCACAGUUUGGGUCAUAUAUGCAUUAUAAUACACAUCUGCAUCUUCACAGUCUAUUGAUGUCUGCUGGUGACUCACUAGGCUAUCAUUUUUCAGAUUUUUCUGACUGUGAACCAUAGCGAGAAAUCUGAUUUAUAUAGCAACAUACACAUGUUCAUAGCAACACAGUACACACGUUCAUUCAUGUAACAGAUAUUUGUUACAUGUUUACUCUAUGCUAAGCACUGUUCUAGGUAUAAACAGUGAACAAAACAGAUGAAAAUCUUUGCCUGCAUAGAGCUUAUAUUCCAGAAUUUUACACUGAAUAAAGAAAUACUUAGGCUUCCAGAUUUAAAAAAAAAAAAAAGAAAACAUCUAGCUGGUUUUAUACUGCUCCAAGACAAUAUUCAUCUUGAGAAAACAAUGAAACAAUGUUGACUACACUCUAAGGGAAAAUGUGACAUCCAGGCAAAAUUAUGCCUAUCCAUCCUUUUACCAGAACAGAUGCCCGGAAUGAUGUUCACCAAAUGCUAACCCAAGUUAAUUCUGGGUGGCCAGUUUGAGGUCAUGUUGGCCAGGAUAGUCUUGAUCUCUUGAUCUAAUGAUCCACCCGCCUCAGCCUCCCAAAGUGCUGUUUUGCUCCACUAAAUUGAUUUCAAGGCCUACUCAUUGGUUAUUAUUUGUGGCUUAAAAAAAUAUAUGAGACUAUAGUACAUUGAAGGUGGGAAUGUCUUUCAAUCACAAAUUGCCAAAGAAUGCCCAACACUUAAUAGGUACUUAAUUAAUUAGUGUUUCCUCAUAAACAACUGAAUGACUGAAUGUUUUCCUCAAUAGAACUGAGAGCAACUUGACAGGAGUUAAGAGCAGGGCUCGUAUUUUUUAAAUUUUGAGUCCCAGGGCAUAGCACAGGGCCAGACACAAAGCCAGUCCUCAAUAAAUAUUUAUUAAAUUGAAAUGAGGCCUACUAGCCAGCAGCACAAUUUAACAUGGCACUUCACAAAUAGGUUUUAUAACAAAUUAAACAUUUGCCUUGGUUCUUGGUAACAAAAAUAUUCAAAUUAGGGGUUUUAAUUAUAACAACUUGUAUUUGCACACAAAAACAUGAUGUUCCCCGGAACAACCUCCCACAUCACAGAUGUAAAGACUUCUUCUCCCAGGAAUUCAAACUUGAGGCUACAUGUGCUAGGAAGGGGACAAACCACACUAACAGGUACCUCUCUUGCCUCCCAACCCCAAACCUCUAAACUUCCAUAUUUUUCUUCAGCAAAGGAAUUUCAAAAUUGUCAGAUUACAAUUAAUUUUUAAAUGAGUUCAUUUUCUCCCUCUCAAACAGUAUUGUCUAAUGGUGUCAGAAGAGCUCGGAUAAGGUCUAUAUGACCUUACAACUACAAUCCUAAUGAUGUGUGUUAAAAAAUGAAAUCUCUGAAGACAUCACAGAGCUGUUGUAGGUUUCAAAUGAGAAAUGUCUCUGAAAAGUGUCAGAAAAUAUGGGCUUCCUUUACAAUGAUCUAUAACCCAGUUUUCACAGGGAGAGAAAAAAAAAUCAGCAAAACCCUAACCCUGAACAAAUCUCACUUUUUAAAAGAAAGAUAUCUUACUUGAGGGAACCACCACACUAAUUCUUUGUAUUCCUAUUUGGAACUACUGCUGCCCAUAUUUUUUGAAAAACAACACCAUGGCUGUCUAUUCUACCAAAUCAAAAGAAGUUUUUUCACAGUUGACAUAUUAAUUUUUCUACCUGGCUAAAGAAAAUGUGCUUUUUAGUUUCUUAUUACAAUUUUGUAAUUUAGAUGUGGGGAGGGCUUGUCUUGGAUAUUAUUGCUUCUUUUUUUUUUCUUUCUCUUUCUUCUUCCUAGCUGUUUCCACUUGCAGUAUUUUAUUUCCAUUAUGGGUGCAAUGGAGAUGCUGACAGGAGUGUGGGCCUGAGAGAGGGGGAAGCCAGUGUGAGACGGACCUCUCCCAGCUAUACAUCUGGGAAGGGGAGUCUAUAAACAGCUGGGGUUUUGUUUUUGUUUCAUUUUUAUGAAAACUUGUUUGUAUUAGUGUUUAAUUCCAUAACUAACACACAGAUGGACUUUCCUCACAACAAAGGACGUCAAAGACUCUGAGGCCGGUAUCCAGUGCAAGUGACCCAUUUGAGAACCUGGGGAAGCACCAGCAGGGAAGAGAAGGUAGGCAACCCAGGUGGCGGCCAAGCGCCCAAGUCGCACUCCCGCCUCAUCCAAGGCAGCCUGCGUGGCUCCCGAGAGCGCGCACGUCCCGGAGCCCGUGCCGACCGCAGGCGGCGUAUCCGCGCUCGUCUACCAGCCCCGGUUACGCGGUCGCACGCCGGCCACAGCCCGGAGGAGACGGACCCAUGUGGAAACUGCUGCCCGCCGGGAUCCCAGCAGGAGGCGAACCAUACAGACUUUUGACUGGCGUUGAGUACGUUGUUGGAAGGAAAAACUGUGCCAUUCUAAUUGAAAAUGAUCAGUCGAUCAGCCGAAAUCAUGCUGUGUUAACUGCUAACUUUUCUGUAACCAACCUGAGUCAAACAGAUGAAAUCCCUGUAUUGACAUUAAAAGAUAAUUCUAAGUAUGGUACCUUCGUUAAUGAGGAAAAAAUGCAGAAUGGCUUUUCCCGAGCUUUGAAGUCGGGGGAUAGUAUUACUUUUGGAGUGUUUGAAAGUAAAUUCAGAAUAGAGUAUGAGCCUUUGGUUGCAUGCUCUUCUUGUUUAGAUGUCUCUGGGAAAACUGCUUUAAAUCAAGCUAUAUUGCAACUUGGAGGAUUUACUGUAAACAAUUGGACAGAAGAAUGCACUCACCUUGUCAUGGUAUCAGUGAAAGUUACCAUUAAAACAAUAUGUGCACUCAUUUGUGGACGUCCAAUUGUAAAGCCAGAAUAUUUUACUGAAUUCCUGAAAGCAGUUCAGUCCAAGAAGCAGCCUCCACAAAUUGAAAGCUUUUACCCACCUCUUGAUGAACCGUCUAUUGGAAGUAAAAAUGUUGAUCUGUCAGGACGACAGGAAAGAAAACAAAUCUUCAAAGGGAAAACAUUUAUAUUUUUGAAUGCCAAACAGCAUAAGAAAUUGAGUUCUGCAGUUGUCUUUGGAGGUGGGGAAGCUAGGUUGAUAACAGAAGAGAAUGAAGAAGAACAUAAUUUCUUUUUGGCUCCGGGAACGUGUGUUGUUGAUACAGGAAUAACAAAUUCACAGACCUUAAUUCCUGACUGUCAGAAGAAAUGGAUUCAGUCAAUAAUGGAUAUGCUCCAAAGGCAAGGUCUUAGACCUAUUCCUGAAGCAGAAAUUGGAUUGGCGGUGAUUUUCAUGACUACAAAGAAUUACUGUGAUCCUCAGGGCCAUCCCAGUACAGGAUUAAAGACAACAACUCCAGGACCAAGCCUUUCACAAGGCUUGUCAGUUGAUGAAAAACUAAUGCCAAGCGCCCCAGUGAACACUACAACAUACGUAGCUGACACAGAAUCAGAGCAAGCAGAUACAUGGGAUUUGAGUGAAAGGCCAAAAGAAAUCAAAGUCUCCAAAAUGGAACAAAAAUUCAGAAUGCUUUCACAAGACGCACCCACUAUAAAGGAGUCCUGCAAAACAAGCUCUAAUAAUAAUAGUAUGGUAUCAAAUACUUUGGCUAAGAUGAGAAUCCCAAACUAUCAGCUUUCACCAACUAAAUUGCCUAGUUUAAAUAAAAGUAAAGAUAGGGCUUCUCAGCAGCAGCAGACCAACUCCAUCAGAAACUACUUUCAGCCAUCUACCAAAAAAAGGGAAAGGGAUGAAGAAAAUCAAGAAAUGUCUUCAUGCAAAUCAGCAAGAAUAGAAAUGUCUUGUUCUCUUUUAGAACAAACACAACCUGCUACACCCUCAUUAUGGAAAAAUAAGGAGCAGCAUCUAUCUGAGAAUGAGCCUGUGGACACAAACUCAGACAAUAACUUAUUUACAGAUACAGAUUUAAAAUCUGUUGUGAAAAAUUCUGCCAGUAAAUCUCAUGCUCCAGAAAAGCUAAGAUCAAAUAAAAAAAGAGAAAUGGAUGAUGUGGCCAUAGAAGAUGAAGUAUUGGAACAGUUAUUCAAGGCCACAAAACCAGAGUUAGAAAUUGAUGUGAAAGUUCAAAAACAAGAAGAAGAUGUCAAUAUUAGAAAAAGGCCAAGGAUGGAUAUAGAAACAAAUGACACUUUCAGUGAUGAGGCAGUACCAGAAAGUAGCAAAAUAUCUCAAGAAAAUGAAAUUGGGAAGAAAUGUGAACUCAAGGAAGAAUCACUGUGGUCAACUAAAGAAAUAUCUAACAAUGACAAACUUCAGGAUGAUAGUGAGAUGCUUCCAAAAAAGCUGUUAUUGACUGAAUUUAGAUCACUGGUGAUUAAAAACUCUACUUCCAGAAAUCCAUCUGGCAUAAAUGAUGAUUAUGGUCAACUAAAAAAUUUCAAGAAAUUCAAAAAGGUCACAUAUCCUGGAGCAGGAAAACUUCCACACAUCAUUGGAGGAUCAGAUCUAAUAGCUCAUCAUGCUCGAAAGAAUACAGAACUAGAAGAGUGGCUAAGGCAGGAAAUGGAGGUACAAAAUCAACAUGCAAAAGAAGAGUCUCUUGCUGAUGAUCUUUUUAGAUACAAUCCUUAUUUAAAAAGGAGACGAUAACUGAGGAUUUUAAAAAGAAGCCAUGGAAAAACUUCCUAGGAGAUGGUAAGAAACAACGAAUGUCUUUUUUCAAACUUUAUUGACAAGUGAUUUUCAACUCUGUGUUCAAGAAUAUAUUCAUGUACCUGUGAUCCAGCAAGAAGGAAGCUCCAAUCAAGAAUCACUACAACUGCUUAGUUGUUUGGAGAAUGAGAAAUGGAACAGUGAGGAAUGGAGGCCAUAUUUCCAUGACUUCCCUUGUAAACAGAAGCAACAGAAGGGACAAGACGCUGGCCUCUACAUCACUGUCACCUUCCAAAUCUUGUGGAAGUGCAUCUACUUGCCAGAACCAAAUUAACUUACUUCCAAGUUCUGGCUACUUGCAGGUGGAACUCCAGCUGCAAGGGAGUUAGGGAAAUAAAGUUUUUUUUUAAAGCUUCUCAGCCUUCCUAGGGAACAGAAAUUGGGUGAGCCAAUCUGCAAUUUCUACUAUAGGCACUGAGACCAGUUAGAUUAUUGAAAUAUUAUAGAGAGUUAUGAACACUUAAAUUAUGAUAGUGGUAUAAAAUUGGAUAGAACAUGGGAUACCUUAGAAGUAGAAUUGACAGGGCGUAUUAAUUGAUGAAAUGGAGUCAUUUGAGUCUCUUAAUGGCCAUGUAUCAUAAUUACCAAGUGAAGCUGGUGGAACAUAUGGUCUCCAUUUUACAGUUAAGGAAUAUAAUGGACAGAUUAAUAUUGAUCUCUGUCAUGCCCACAGUCCCUUUCUAAGGAAGACUGCCCUACCUAUAGCAGUUUUUAUAUUUGUCAAUUUAUGAAUAUAAUGAAUGAGAGUUCUGGUACCUCCUAUCUUUACAAAUAUCGGUGUUGACAGUAUUUUACCUUUUUUACCAUUCCAAUGGGUGUGUAGUGAUGUUUCAUUUUGGUUUUAAUUUGUAUAUCCCUGAUAGCUGUAAUUGGGUCAUAGAAAUUCUUUAUACAUUCUAGAUGCAAGUCUCUCGUCAGAUAUGUGUAUUGAGAAUAUUACACCUAGUCUGUGGCUUGACUAUUUUCUUUAUGUCUUUUGAUGAAUAGAAGUUUUAAAUUUUGACAAGGUCAAAUUUAUUUUUUCUUUUAUGUUUGAUAUUUUUUCUCUCCUAUUCAAUUUAACCCCAAGAUUUCGGAUAUUCUGCUUUAUUAUAUAAACUUUAUAUUUUUAUAUUUGUGAUCUAUCUUGAAUUGAUAUGUGUGUUGUGAAUUAUGGAUCAGGGUUCUUUUUUCCCCCCAUACAAGUAUCCAGUCAUUGUAACACUGUUUAUUGAAAGAAUUAUCCUUUCCUCAUUAAAUUACCUUGCCAAUUAGUAAAAAGUCAAUUAACCAUAA